AUGUUUCAAACAGAUAUUCUUAUUGAUACAUCUGUAUUGCCAUCAAAUAUAAUGUCAUUACGUGAUGAUAAUUUUAUUGAUUUUGUUAAGGAAGAGGCUGGCCAUGCUGCUGCUACUCUACUAGAAUUGCAAGGUAUUAAUAGUGUGAAGGCAUUGUUGAUGACAGAUGAUGUUUAUUCUAUUAUAAACGUGAAGAGCAAAAGUCUCGAUGCAUUUAAAAAUAAAUAUGGUUAUAUGCAAGUUGAUGGUACAUGUAUUAUACAACCUGGUGUUAAAGGAAAUAUAGAAUAUCUCAUUAGUUUGUUGAAGAAAAAAUGUGUUGAUGAUGCAAAAUUAGUUAAAUCUUCGAAACGCAAUCAAUUAUCAUCAUCGUUAACUAUAACUACAGAUACAUCAUCAACAAUAAGAAAACCUACGUCAUCUGUUGUAUCCGAUAGCUCACCAGAAACUAUGCCAUCAAAAUCUUCUAAUUUAUCAGUUGCUGAACAUAAAUCAUAUAUAACUGAUACAUUAAAUAACUGGUGCAAGAACAACAAAUCAAAAGAUAAUAAUGAACGAUUUUCUUUAGUUGAAGGCAAGGAUUAUUUUAUUUCAUUACAAAAUGAUUCAAGUGGUACAUCAAAAUGUUUAACUAAUGAAUGUCCUGCAUUAAAAAAAAAUAUUAAUAAUCCUCCAGUAUCAUCACCAUCAUCAACAAAUAAUCAGCAAUCAUUGACCACAUCAGAUAAUGUACUUCAACUAAUUGCAUCACCAAAUUAG